CCGAAGAGAACACAGACUCCUCUCACUUUAUUAUUUUCCUAUCUAUUUCUCUGUUAUUCACUCUCUAUUGCAAAGGGACUAACGCCCCCCUCCGCCAUCGCCACGCCCUUCUCUUCCCCUUCCCGGCGCUCUUCGUCCCCUCUUGCACCUUUAGGUCUCUUCGUAUGCCUGCUGAUCGCUCCGUCACGCUCUCCCCUCUCGGCGGAACCACGCCGUGCUCGAAUCGGCGUUUUAACGCCGGUGCGAGGUUUGUUAUCAGGAUUGGAGGUGUAUGAGAUCAAUCGGCAAGGAGAUACCUUAUGGAAAUUUUUCCUUUGCAGCAAUUCAACAGAACGUAGUUACUGGAUCAAUCAGGUGGAAUUUUGGCGGUUCCUUAGUGUACGUCAUUGGUUGAUCAUGGGUGACGACAGCAUGGAUUACGACAGUGAUUAUGAAGGCACAGAGUCCGAGGAGGAUUAUUUUGGAGAUGAUGAAGAUUGCUCUGGAUAUGGAGACGACGAGGAGAUUUUGGUUCAAAAUGGAAAAUCAUUUACUAGUCACAAGGUUAUCACAAGGCAGUCCCUUCUCGCGGCACAGAGUGAGGAUCUGAGAAAAGUUAAGGAAAUCUUGGCAUUAAGUUCCCGCCAUGCACGUCUAUUGCUCAUACAUUAUCGGUGGAAUUUAGAGAAUCUGUUGAGUGCCGCUGUGGAGAAGGGUUAUGCUCCAGUUUUCUUAGAAGCUGGUUUACCACCACCUGAGACGGAGUUUGUAGUGCCAGUUGCCGAUGAUCCAAGCGAGCGUGUUGAUUGUGGAACAUGUCUAGAAGACGUGUCAAUGAGUGCAGUCACACGAAUGGAUUGUGGACAUGCCUUUUGCAAUGAAUGUUGGACAAAAUAUUUCAUUAUCAAAAUAAAGGAUGGUCAGAGCCGACGAAUAACGUGUAUGUCGCACCAGUGUGGUGCGAUCUGCGACGAAGACAAAGUACGGGAGCUGGUGGGCUCACAAGAUCCGGAGUCUGUUGAGCGCUAUGAGCGGUUCCUUUUGGAGUCUUACAUUGAAGACAACGCUAAAGUGAAAUGGUGUCCUAGUGUGCCUCAUUGUGGCAAUGCUAUUCGAUUGGAGGGCGAUCCUUUCUGUGAGAUCGAGUGUACAUGUGGGAAGCAAUUCUGCUUCAACUGUAUGGCUGAACCUCACUCUCCGUGCUCUUGCCACAUGUGGGCUUCGUGGGACAAGAAGUGCAAUGAUGAGUCCGAGACAGUAAAUUGGCUCACCGUCCACACUAAACCUUGUCCGAAGUGCCACAAACCAGUGGAGAAAAAUGGUGGUUGUAAUCUUGUCAGCUGUAUUUGCGGCCAGGCCUUCUGUUGGCUAUGUGGAGCAGCAACUGGUCGAGAACACAAUUGGAAUAGCAUCGAGGGGCACAGCUGUGGUCGUUUUAGGGACGAGAAAGCGAGAGAGGCUGCAAAAGCACAACAUGACUUAAAACGAUACAUUCACUACCACUCGCGUUGGAAAGGACACCUGGAUUCUUUAAAGUUAGAACAGAAACAGGAAGAAGCUGUUAAAGAGAAGAUCAUUGGAUUAGAAGAAAGCCAGUGUCAAGUGAAGGAUUACAGCUGGCUUACUGCCGGUAUGCAGAGGCUGUUUCAUGCCCGCCGGGCUCUAUCCUACUCAUUUGCAUUCGCCUACUUCAUGUUUGGAAAUGAUAGUUUCAAGGACGAUAUCUCUGAAGAACAGAAUGCUAUUAAUCAAAAUUUGUUCGAGGAUCAGCAGCAGAAGUUGGAGGAAACUGUGGAGCGCUUGUCUAAGCUCGUGAAGGCGGUGGAGACACCUUUGGAUGAAGAUACUGAUGACAAUUAUGUGCAUGAUAUUCGUCUGCAAGUUAUUAAUUUUACCACUUUGACGGACGGUCUGUGCAGGCGCAUGUAUGAGGUGAUAGAGAAUGAUCUCCUAGGUUCUUUACAGCUUGCCACGCAUCACAUCGCCCCUUACAAGACUGGUGGUGCAGAAAAAGCCUCUGAAAUUUCUGCGGAACCUGAAAUUUCACAUUCUGACGGGACCCAAGUUGUGAAUUCUGAGUUCAGGUCCAAGACAGAUCGUCCAUGUGUUGCAAAUGGAAUUGUAAACUAUGCCGGUUCAGAAAUUGGAGGCAAGCUUGAGGUGGAAGCUUGCUGGGAAACACACAAUACAGAUCAAGUUCUCAAAAGAUCACACUUUGACCCCAGUUCACCAAGAAGCUGCAAACGGCUUGGUAAAGAACUGUCUGUUUCUGGACCAUCAGUAGUGCGAGAAGCAGGAAAGAUUUUCGGGUCAACAUCAAAAACUAUUGAUAAGGAUGCAGUGUUAGAUUCUGUUCCCAGUUCUAGCUUUUCUAUAGCGUUGUGGAAUGGGAUAGGGAGUACAGCUCUUGACAACAGGUAUGUGCCUAGUCAAGAAAGAUCAGUUCCUCUGGACAGGAUGCGCUGGGAAAACAAAAACUUGAAUGUUUCACCCACAGAUGAAUCAACCGACUGGCAAUAUGGGCUUAUAAAUUCUAGGCCUGGAGUUUCCACGUGCUCCAGUAGCUUCGAUUCCCAUGGAGGCAUUCGGGAAUUUAAUAUCAAUCGGAGGCCGUGGCAUGAUAGGUGAUGCUGCGAUAGAAGUGUCACGGAACUAAUGAAAGGGGAGGCUUUUAUUUGAGAAGCUUGGAUGAGAAGGUGUAGUGUUACCUCGAGUUUAGGGUACGCUGAAGCCUUGUUGUUCCGCUACAGCCUCAAUUCUCUUGCGUCAGGGACCAACUUCCUCCCUCAUGUAUUUGAGGACAUAGUUCAUCUUCAGGACCACUUGGAAUGGGGUCGAUGAAGACAUCGUCUCUCGUCCAAGACUGACCAAUCUUGAAAUAAUUGGGUUGCCUCGUUAGUUCUUGUGACUGCGGGCUGCAUGCGCUUGGGCAUCUUUCUGCCUAAAGUGUGAUCACAAAAUGAUAUCUGACUUGUAAAAUACUGGCUUAUUUCGAACCUUCGAGGGUGCAACCAAGUAGCUUAGCUUUUUGCAAUGGUUAUGGGAAAUUAGCUCGUUGAAGUCUAGGCAGAGUGGCUGUACUUGCCAUAUGAUGGGUACUUCGCUGUUUUACCGGUACGUGCUUCCAAAAACUUGCAUCUGGAACCCAACAGUUAUUGCGGUUUUUAUAACCCAACUGUACUCUGCCUAUUUCCAGCAGGCUCCUAGACUUAAUUACCUCGCAAGACCAGGUAAUUUUCCUUGCGACAUGUUUCUCAUGAGGUGUUCUGUCAACCAGCAAAAGGAACGCCAUAGUUUACUCAGAUUUCAAACUUUUCUUUGUGAACUGAUGUGUUGCGACAAAGUGGCUGUACUGUUGACGACAUUCAACGCUCUAUCUGAAGGACUGAAUGCGCUGGGGUGUGCCAACCCACCCGGAUAGAAUUGGAGGAUGAGCGUUUUCUUAUCCCCUGAUUUGGAGUGUCGUUUCUCUAGUCUUGAGUACCACAAAACUAGUUGGUUUAUUUGAUAGUACGCUCGUGUAUUGAUAAUGACAUUCUGUGUACUGUCUAUUCCUGCUGUCUA